UUUUGCCUCGUUUUAAAGAUAUCAGCAUGAAAGAUGUGGUUCGGGUGAAAUCCUGUAUUACUGAUUAACUGAUAUUGAACGUCUAUAUAAAUACUGAGGUUCUUUAAUGCUGCGAAUAGGAUUAACGUUAACUCUCUGGCCACACAGCUGAUGAGUAAAAUAUCAAUUUUUGCUUAUUACUUGUUUAUGAUUUCUAGUGUCGUUUUAUGCCUUUCUUAAAAUAUUUCUAUUUUUAACAACAGCCAGAGCUUAAUAGUUUAAAUGGAGUAGUUGUUUGGCAUUUGUUAGGGCAUGGUAGCUGUAAUGGCUUUUUGGGAUGAAGACAGAUGCCGCAUUUCCUCUGUAACCCUGUUUACCACAUACGUCACUGGAUAAGCGGAUCCGCCAUCUUGCAGCGGUAACAGGCGCGGCAACAGCUUUACAUUAUUAACGGAAAAUUGGUCUUAUAGUUGAGCUGUAAUUAGCAGUAGACUUACUGCCCAGUGCAGUGUAAAGAUGCAGAUCUUUGUGAAAACUCUGACUGGCAAAACCAUCACGCUAGAGGUGGAGCCCAGUGAUACCAUUGAAAAUGUGAAAGCCAAAAUUCAGGAUAAAGAAGGCAUUCCUCCUGACCAACAGCGACUUAUCUUUGCUGGUAAGCAGCUGGAAGAUGGCCGCACCCUCUCUGACUACAACAUCCAAAAGGAGUCCACUCUUCAUCUUGUCCUGCGUCUCAGAGGAGGCAUGCAGAUCUUUGUCAAAACCUUAACUGGCAAGACCAUCACUCUAGAGGUGGAGCCCAGUGACACCAUUGAGAAUGUAAAGGCCAAGAUUCAGGAUAAAGAAGGCAUUCCUCCUGACCAACAGCGACUUAUCUUUGCUGGUAAGCAGCUGGAAGAUGGCCGCACCCUCUCUGACUACAACAUCCAAAAGGAGUCCACUCUCCAUCUUGUCCUGCGUCUCAGAGGAGGCAUGCAGAUCUUUGUCAAAACCUUAACUGGCAAGACCAUCACUCUAGAGGUGGAGCCCAGUGACACCAUUGAGAAUGUAAAGGCCAAGAUUCAGGAUAAAGAAGGCAUUCCUCCUGACCAACAGCGUUUGAUCUUUGCUGGUAAGCAGCUGGAAGAUGGCCGCACCCUCUCUGACUACAACAUCCAAAAGGAGUCGACUCUCCAUCUUGUUCUCCGUCUUCGUGGAGGCAACUAAUAUGUUAAUUUUUGCUGUUUAAACUUUAAAAAUGUCUGACAAUCCAUACAACUGUUGAUCUAUAAUCAUUUAAUAAAUUUAAAGCAUUCUUCAA